UUAAAAAAAUCUUUGUCUUUCAAACUUGUUAUUAUAUUAUUCGAAAUACAAUUCAUUAGGAAAUAAGCGAAAAGCCGUUCAUCAAUCAAAUUGAAUGACGGAAAUUCUUCAACAUUUGAGCUAAUGGAAAUGAUUACUGGGACUAAACAUUUUUUUCUGUUAUGGAUACUUUUAUUAUGGCCAAAUUCUUAUAAUACUAUUUAUAGCUGUAGCUGUGGCAACAAUGAUCUUUCAAAUUCUUGUCCGAGUCGAUUCGAUAAAAAUCCGAAGCCAAAAAUUAUUGAUGUUGAAAAUUGUCCGAUUAAUAGCUUUAGCUCUAAAUCAUCAUCAUCAUCAUCAUUCAAUACCGAUCAUCAAGAAAUGAUUCUUGUACCAUCGGGAGAUUUUUUUAUGGGCACAAAUGAACCAAUUAUAUUGGAAGAUGCUGAAUCUCCUGAAAGAUUUAUGCAUGUUAAUAGCUUUUGGUUAGAUAAAUAUGAAGUAAGCAAUAAAAAAUUUGCAAAAUUUGUUGAAAUAACUAAAUAUGUGACGGAUGCUGAACGUUUUGGUACAUCGUUUGUUCUGGAUCUAAUGUUAAGUGAACAAGUUUUGGCCAAUAUUACUCAAGCCGUUGCACAGGCUCAAUGGUGGCUACCAGUGAAUGGAGCUGAUUGGCUUCAUCCGGAAGGAAUUGAUUCCAAUUUAGAAGAACGUAUGAACCAUCCAGUAGUACAUGUUUCAUGGAAUGAUGCCAAUGAAUAUUGUCGAUGGGCUAAUAAACGUUUACCUUUUGAAAUCGAAUGGGAAUACGCUUGUCGUGGUGGUCUCAAACGUCGUUUGUUUCCUUGGGGAAACAAAGAAAAUCCGAAAGGCGAACAUUAUAUGAAUAUUUGGCAUGGACGAUUUCCAAUCGAAAAUACAGGUGAUGAUGGUUUUCGUUGGACCUGUCCGGUCGAUCAAUUUCCUGAACAAAAUAAAUUCGGCUUCAAAAAUAUGAUUGGUAAUGUUUGGGAAUGGAAUGAUGAUUGGUGGACAACAAAUCAUUCAUUUCCCAAUGGAAUAAACACACAGAAUAAAGUGAAAAAAGGAGGAUCAUUUAUGUGUCAUCGUUCACAUUGUUAUCGAUAUCGUUGUGCUGCCAGAAGUUUUAAUACACCAGAUACUUCAGCAAGUAAUCUUGGAUUUCGUUGUGCUGCUGAUUAUCAUGAUUAUUAGGAUGAUAUUUUUUCAAUUGAACAAUAGUCAUCAUUAUAUUUUGUAUAUUUUGGAUAAAUUUAUUUAUAAAUAA